AUGGCGCCCAGGCUGCAUGGGGGUGCCGCCCGCCCCUCCCCUCCCGGCUCGGCCUCCUCGCCGCCUCUCCCCGCGCUCGGGGCCGCCGGCUGCGGGGGGCGAGCCGCGCUGGAGUUACCCUCUGACUCUCCCCUGCCUCGCUCCCCGGGCUUAACCUCUCGGCGACUCUUCCACCGGCUCCGAGGGAACUCGGAGCCGGGGCGCUGGAGAGCGCGGCCACGGCCGAGUCUCCUCCGCCGCCAAACUCCGGGGUUCGGCCGGGCUUGGGGCCACCUCCUCCUUAGCCGGGAGGAGCCCUCUCUCAAUAGGUUUCAGCCAGAUUUUUUUUUUCUACCCAUUUCUUUGUUCUUCUUCCCUUCUUUAAAAAAAAAAAACAGUUUUGUUUUGUUUUUUUCCUCCCUGACUUUGGACCUAAGAGCGCUGCAGCCUGAGCCUCCCCGGGGCUCAGCUCUUGGGGGCUGCCCAUCCCUCGGGCGGCGAGAAGGGACGCGCGCCGGGCGUCGGGCAGAGAGAAGAAGAAAAACUUGUCGGAGGGGUUUCGCCAGUCCGCCGGAACCCCCUUCCCGCAAACCCCAACACCUCCCGCGGCGGCCAACCCGAGACUGGGGAAAGUUCCUUCGGACCCGACUGCUCUCGUGCAUUUGGAGGAGGCACCCGCGUCGGCUGUGGAUCUGGAUCUGUUUUGAACCCCGUGGAGCGCCUCACGGGGGCUCGGGAGGCACCCGGGUGGCGCUGCCGGCGCGGAGGCCGAGCUUGCGAGGCGCGGCUGCCGGGGGUCUCUCCUCCCCGCGGUGGUGGCCGUGCGCCCGGGGUGCGGGCUGCGAGUGUGGUGGCGAGUUGCGAAGAGAAAACCCGAGGUCCGGAGAGGACCGCGCUCCCCCCCGGUACGCCCUUUCCUCUUCCUGGCUCCCGGGAGUGAAAUCCCAGCGAAAUUUACAAAGGCCGCCCUGUGCCUGGGAGAACCGUCCACGGCGCGAAGCCCCGACCUCCCCAACCCCGCGGAGAGCCCGGGGCGCCGGGGCGGACUGGCGCGCAGCAGGAGCCGGAGGGAGGUCGCGGCGGCGGCGGCGGCGGCGGCGGCAUGGCGAGGUUCCCGAGGGCCGACCUGGCUGCCGCGGGAGUUGUGUUACUUUGCCACUUUUUACUGGACCGGUUUCAGUUCGCCGAAGGGGAGCCUGGAAACCAGAUCGGUGGUUUGAUGGAUUUGUACUUGUAAACUUCUUUCAUCUUUGGAAUUUAAUUAUACAUGAUCCAGGGAGUGAAGAGGAGAUGAUGAUGAUGAUGAUGAUGGCAAUAAGAAAACAGCACUUAUAUGUCAGAUAG